AUGACGAAACAACUGCGUUCACAAGGAAUCGUGGACGGACGCCUGAAGUACAACGCCGACGGAAAGAUCCAGUUACGUGGCAAUGGACUUGAGUUACUGCUGUCAGAAGUCUCGUCGUCAUAUGGCAUCAAUGACAAAGGCAAAACCAGCUUCGAUCAUUACAAGGCCAUGUUUGGUUUAUUGGCGAUGCUUCGUACUAUUGCUGCUCAUCAUCAAUAUGCUGAAUUUGCGACGUUCAGCAAGUUCAAAGUUCAUUUUAUCCAUACACACAAUCGUGCCAUUCGCCACUGGACAAUGUUUACUCCUGAACCUGGCUUAUAUGUGAUGAACAAGGAACAAAAAGUCGAUAUUGUCGCAGAUUUUGAGCAAAAGGAGACAGCAAUUGUCCCACUCAUUAAUUUUACGAAUACAUUGGCGGUUUCUUUGGUGGACACCGUGGACGUGCUGUCCACGCUUGCAGAAGAACAUGGUGAAGUCAUGAAGGACACCAGAUUUGAAACUCAGAGGAGACGACCAUCCUUGUUGCAACACAUCCGACCGGUGAUUGUACGCCUCAAUGAGAGCAAACACACAACUGACAUCGCCGAUGAUGGCCCGAAGAGCCCGGUCUAUAUCCCUAACCAUUAA